AUGGUGUUUCCUCAUGCCAGAAAUCAGGUGGAAAACAUCACAAGUAAUGUGAUUUCGCGGUGCUCUGACAGUUGUCUCCCUGGAUUUAAACGGGCCUUUAUUGACGGCAAACCCACCUGUUGCUAUAUUUGUGAGGGGUGUCCUGCAAACACUUUUUCAAACCAAACAGAUGCAGAUGAAUGUCACAAAUGUCCAGGCAAAUUCUGGUCUAAUCCAAACUCAACCUUCUGCUCUCCCCAAAAGCCAAUUUUCCUAUCCUGGAUAGAUCAUUACUGUAUCACUAUUGUGGUGUUUGCUUCUCUUGGCCUUCUUUUGACAUUGAUUGUGAUGCUUGUAUUUCUGGUCAAAUGGACCACCCUGGUGGUCCUCGCAGCAGGAGGUCCCAUCUCCAUCCUAAUCUUGCUGUCCCUCCUCGGGACGUUCACCAGCGCGAUCUUGUUUGGUGGGAAACCCACAGACAUACAGUGUAAAACCGGCCAGGUGCUUUUCGGCCUGAGCUUCACCCUGUGUGUCUCCUGCAUCCUGGUCAGGUGCUUUAAGAUUCUGGUGGCCUUCCAGAAUGAUUCAGCUGGAAAACGGGUAAUGAAAAAGAUUUUCCUGCCCUACUGGAUCAUUGGCAUUUGUGUGCUUUUCCAGGGCAUCAUAUGUGGCUUGUGGUUGUGGAAGAGUCCACCCAAGGUUUCUGAGUACCCAACACAGACUGAACUCAUCAUCCAGUGCGCUGAGGGAGAUGUACUAUUCUUUGGACUCAUGCUGGCCCUUAUCGGCCUUCUGGCAGUGGUGUGCUUUGGGUUUGCCUUCCUAGGGCGGAAGCUUCCUGAUUGCUACAAUGAAGAGAAGUGCAUCAGCAUAAGCAUGCUCGUCUACAUUAUCAAUUGGGUGGUGUUUGUACCCGUCUAUGUGAACCAGAAGGAGACGGUCAGGUACAAAUCUGCCAUUCAGAUGGUGGUGAUGCUCUUCUUCGCAUAUGGGAUUCUCAUCUGCCACUUCAUGCCCAAAUGUUACAUCAUCCUGUUUAAAAGCAAGCACAACACCAGAGAAGCUUUCAAAAGAGUUCACCAGACGCUUCCGUAAGAAUUCACGAGAGAUUCGGCGUAGAGAUGGACUCGAUCGCCCAGAGAGCGUAUUUACUGUCGACUCUGGAAUAGAAAACAUAAUAAAUGGGUCGUUCUCAAAUCCUUACCCAACAGGCUCCAUUUCCUCGUUCCACCUCUCCAUAGAAAAUCUGCCACAUGCGAUCAAUGUCUCUGCAGAUUCCUUAUAUGGGUCCUCACUGUCUUUUGGCUCUUCAGACAAGAUGAAUGAGGAAAACCAGAAAAGACAGAGUUUAAGCGGCUCCCAGAAACUCAUCUUAAGGAUCAAGAAUAAUCGUCCGGAGCUCAAGAGAACCUCAAGUGUCCCAUGAGAAUGGGGAAUCUUUAACCAAUAAAAAAUGUUUUGUCACCACAUUUAUGAUUUUUCCAUGAUGCUCUCUUUAAAUAAUGCUAAGAAAACAUUCUCUUGUCAGUGAAAUCCUGUUUAAUAAAUAAAUUAUACAAAUAAAGCAUCCGUGUCAUCUUUAUGAUUGAGAUGCUUUCUGUGAUUGUUUCUAAUGUUCUUUAUUUUUAAUGUUUAUCAGUAUGUUAUAUUCUGAAUAUCAAUGCAUAUCUUAUUUAGCACUUGUUCUGUCCAACUCAAGGAAAACAAUAAAGAUAUUAAUGAACAAAUCAGUUUUGCUGUGGCGGGUCUAUAACCAAAACA